AUGACAGGAAGUAUGAAUGCUGGAAGACAAUGGCCUGUUGCUGUCGUAUUAAGUAAUGGAAAAAUAUUAGUUGCCGGUGGAUACAAUGGUACAAAUUAUCUAUCAAUUACCGAGCUGUAUGAUCCAUCUACUGGUACUUGGGCGACUACAGGAAGUAUGAAUACCGUGCGAUCCUAUCAUACAGGACCCUUAUUAACCAAUGGAAAUGUACUAGUUGUCGGCGGGCAUAACGGAUCUGCAUAUCUCACAAGUGCGGAGCUGUAUAAUGUAUCAUCAGGUACUUGGGCUACUACAGGAAAUAUGAAUACUGCACGACAGUAUCAUAGAGAAAUAUUAUUAACCAAUGGAAAAGUGCUAGUAGCCGGCGGAACAAAUUCGGCUGCAUUGAGUAGUGCUGAAUUAUAUGAUCCGUCAACGGGUACUUGGACAACCACAACAAGUAUGAGUACAGUUCGGGUCAGUGCUACAGCUACUGUAUUAACCAAUGGAAAAGUCCUAUUUACUGGAGGAUCCAAUGGUGGCAGUACGGUCAGCAAUACCGCCGAAAUGUAUGAUCCAUCAUCAGGUCUUUGGGGAACUACAGGAACCAUGAGUGUUGGCCGAAUAUCACACACUGCAUGUAUGUUAGCAAAUGGAAAAGUAUUAGUAACUGGAGGAUAUAGUGGAUCUGGAUAUCUCGCAAGCGCCGAAUUAUAUGAUCCAUCAACAGGUACUUGGGCAACUACAGGAAGUAUGAGUUUUACACGCGAAGCCGUUACAAGCGCUCUACUAAUCAAUGGAAAAGUCUUAGUUACUGGUGGAUGGAAUGGUGCGAGCUUAAGCAUUUCAGAACUAUAUGAUCCAUCAUCAGGUAUAUGGACAACAACGGCAAGUAUGAACGCGUCUCGAAAUCUAUAUAUAAUAUCUAAGACGCCAAAUGGAGUCAUGUUGGUAGCAGGCGGUUCCAAUUCUGUAAACACGGCUGAGUUGUACUAUCCAUCACCUAGUAUUUGGGCGAUUUUGGGAAGCAUGAAUGCUGAACGACAACAACACAGAACAGUCGUUUUAAGUGAUGGAAGAGUAUUAGUAACCGGCGGGCACAAUGGUCACAAUUAUUUAUCCAGUGCUGAACUAUAUGACGCAUCCACAGGUGUUUGGACAACUACAGCAAGUAUGAGUAGCGCGCGAUACUAUCAUACAGUAACCUUAUUAACCAAUGGAAAUGUACUAGUUGUCGGCGGGCAUAACGGAUCUGCAUAUCUCACAAGUGCGGAGCUGUAUAAUGUAUCAUCAGGUACUUGGGCACUUACAGGAAACAUGAAUGCUGCACGGCAAGCUCAUACAGCAACUCUAUUAACAAAUGGAAAAGUAUUAGUUACCGGUGGACUAAAUCCAAAUGCAACAAACAGCGCUGAAUUAUAUGAUCCAUCAACGGGUACUUGGACAACCACAGGAAAUAUGAAUACAGCUAGGCAAUAUCAUACAGCCACUCUAUUAACUGAUGGAACAGUCUUAGUUACUGGUGGAUAUAACGGAUCUGGAUAUCUCUCAAGCACCGAAUUAUAUAAUCCAUCAUCAGGUACUUGGACAACUACAAAAAAUAUGAAUAUAGUUAGGCAAUAUCAUACAGCCACUCUUUUAACCAAUGGAAAAGUCUUGGUUGCUGGAGGAUAUAGUGGAUCUGCAUAUCUCGCAAGCGCCGAAUUAUAUGAUCCAUCAACAGGUAAUUGGACAACUACAGGAAGUAUGAGUUCUACACGCAAUUAUUUUGAAACUACUGUAUUAAUCAAUGGAAAAGUCUUAGUUACUGGUGGAUGGAAUGGUGUGAGCUUAAACAUUUCAGAACUGUAUGAUCCAUCAUCAGGUAUAUGGACAACAACGACAAGUAUGAACGCGGCUCGAUCUUCUCAUACAACAACUGUAUUGAUGAAUGGAAAUAUAUUAGUAGCUGGUGGAUAUGUUGACAGCAUUUAUCUCAAUACUGCUGAACUGUAUCUAUCAACUUAA